AUGGCCACCUCCAACGACGACUACAGCACCUUUGACCUAGGCGACUUUCGCCUCUCCUCCGGCGCCGUACUCCCCUCCGCAUUUAUCGCCUACAAGACCUUUGGCGCGCGGUCCAAUCCCGCCAUCAUCUACCCGAGCUGGUUCUCCGGAUCCAUUUCCGACAACGAGUGGCUCGUCGGCCCGGGCAAGGCCCUCGACCCGGCCCGGUACUUCAUCAUCAUCCCGGCUCUCAUCGGCAAUGGGCAGUCCGUCAGCCCCUCCAACACGCGCGAACGCCGCGCUGGCGCCAAGUUCCCCGACGUCACCGUCAAGGACAACGUCACCGCGCAGCACCGUCUCGUGACCGAGGGCCUCGGCGUCACGCACGCCCGCGCCGUGCUGGGCUGGAGCAUGGGCGCGGGGCAGACGUACCAGUGGCUGACGCAGUAUCCGGAUUUCAUGGAUCUCGGUGUGCCGUUUUGCGGCAGCGCCCGCACUUCGAUUCAUAACCAGGUGUUCCUAGAGGGCGUCAAGAGCGCGCUGUUGGCAGCCAAGAGGGCUGCGAGCGCGGGGAGCGCGCGCGGCGAGGUGGGAAGUUAUACGCUGUGGACUGACGAGGAGCGCGUGGCAGGGCUCAAGGCCUUUGGGAGGGUGUAUGCGGGCUGGGGCUUCAGCCAGCAGUUUUACCGGGAGCAGCUGUACGAGACGAAGCUGGGGUUCAAGGACCUGGAGGACUUUAUGAUGAAUUUCUGGGAGGCCUGGGCGCUCUCCAAAGACCCGGAGAAUAUGCUGCACAUGCUGCAUACCUGGCAGGCGGCCGACUGCUCCGACCAGCCGCCGUAUGACAAGGACUUGGAAAAGGCCAUGGCCGGCAUCAAGGCCAAGACGCUGGUCCUCCCCGGCAAGACGGACCUGUACUUUCCGCCUGAAGACUCCGAGGACGAGGUCAAGUGCAUGAGCGAGGGUCGGGGAAAGUGUAUCCCGUUUCCCUCCAUCUGGGGACACUGGGCCGGCGGUCCAGGCUCAAACCCCGAGGAUGUCAAGUGGCUCGACGACAAGCUUAAAGAUUUCUUGGAGAAUGAGACUUGA